AUCGUUUAUUGUAAAUGUUGGGGAAUAUUUCCAUCUUCAGAUGAAGAAGUGUUUGAAGGAAUUAUUCCAGGUUUAACAUCUGAAGUCUGCAUGAUAUAAAACUGUAAUUAUGGAGUUUAUUAAAGAGGAGAGUGUGAACAUGAGUGAUCCAGAACACUGCAGAAUUAAAAUAGAAGAUACUGAAGAACAAACAGGCCUGUUGAAACUAAAUGAAAUGGAGGAGGGAAUACAUCAGUAUCAGAAACUGCAUCAUUUCACAACUGGAGAAACAUCUUUUAGUUGCUCACAGACUGAAAAUACUUUCAAACAAGAAAGUGUUCAAAGAACAGCAGCCGAAAAUUCUCUCACAUGCACUCAGUGUGGAAAAAGUUUCAAACGAAGAGGCGAUCUUAAUAAACAUCUGAUGAUCCACACUGGAGAAAAGCCUUUCACAUGUCUUCAGUGUGGAAAAAGCUUCACAUUUAAAUCAAACCUUAAUGAACACGUAAGAAUCCACAGCGAAGAGAAGCCUUUUACAUGCAUUCAGUGUGGAAAGAGCUUCAAACAAAAUGGAGAUCUUAAAAAACACAUGAGAAUCCACACUGGAGAGAAGCCUUUCACAUGCAAUGAGUGUGGAAAGAGCCUCUCAUGUAAAGCAGUUCUUAAAGUCCACAUGAGGAUUCACACAGGAAAGAAGCCUUUUACAUGUCUUGAGUGUGGAAAGAGAUUCACAUUUAAAUCAAACCUUAAUGAACACAAAAAAAUCCACACUGGAGAGAUGCCUUUCACGUGCCAUCAAUGUGGAAAGACCUUCAGAUACAAAUACUGCCUUAAUAGUCAUUUGCACAUCCAUUCUAAGGAAAGAUCAUUUAACUGUGAUCAGUGCAGUAAAACAUUUGUCUCGGCAUUACACCUUAAAAGACACCUGAAAACCCAUAUGACUGAGAAGCCUCACUUGUGUUCUAUCUGUGGAAAAAGGCUUUCAAGUCGGGGCUAUUUAAAAGAGCACCAGAAAAUACAUACUGGUGUGAGAGAUCAUGUAUGUUCUGAGUGUGGGAAAACCUUCCUCACAAUUGACAGCUUGAAGAAGCACCAAAUAAUUCAUUCGGGAGAAAAACCCUACAAGUGCUCGCAUUGUGGAAAGAACUUCAAUCGAUCAGGGACCCUGAAAACACACGAGCGAGUGCAUACUGGAGAGAAGCCAUAUCACUGCGCUUCAUGUGGGAAAUCUUUCAAACAAUCGAGUAAUCUACAGGUUCAUUUGAAAAAGCGUUGUUUAAAAUCACAAGUUCAUCUUCAAGUCAAACAAGUUAAGUGUUAA